UAGCUUGAGCCAGAGAUAGGGAGGUAGGCUUCUUUGGUCUCUGCCAGACCUGGGAAGCAGAGGAAAUAUUAACUAGCCAGGGCUCUCCAGAGAAGUGGAGGAACUCCGAGUCAGACAGGCAGCCCCGGACAGGCCUCAACUGGAGCACCCAGUGCUCACUCAGGGACCCACCUGAACCUUCAUGGAGACCACAUCAGAGAUCUUUUCCUAGAACUGCCUGCCUUCCUCCCCCACUUCUCCUGGUCUAGGAACUCACACCCCUCCCUAAACUGGCUCCAUCCGCCCCAAGCCGGGAUUUGCUUGGGCUUGCCUGUCUUUCCUUGGGCAGGGUGCCUGCAAAACUCCAUUACUUAGCUUUUUAUUGUAGCUGUUCACCUGACAGGCAUUUUGUGCAACUCUUGAGUGCGAGCGAGGCUCAAGGAAGGAGUCCUCCUCUGGGCCCCCGCAGAGAUCCCCAUAACUAUAUAGGGAUUUCUCUAACAGGGAAGAGAAUGAAAGAUACCUCACCAUAUAUAUGGACUGACCCAGGCUCUCAUGAAAAGGGGGGUCCCUAGAGGAGAGCGGCAGCAGGUUCAAACUUUAAAGAACAGUUUGGUAGGUAAAGGGGAGGAGUUUGUGUGGCAGAAAGAGCCCAGUUCAGGUGCCAGGGGGUUAAGGUUUUUGUCCCUUCUCUGACUCCUACAGGCUGGAAGAGAUUGCAUGCACCUUUUCUUUCUCAGAAGUACUGUUUGGUUAGACAGAUGAACUUUGAAAGCAGCCCUGUGGGCCUGUGGGUCCUUGUGACGGCAUCUAAAGCAACCCAGAUCCCAAGGGAGGUAGUCUUUCUCACACUUGCUUGGCGCCCAGCACCAUGUCUGACACAGCAGAUAUUUACUGAAGGCAGUGAUGCUCGAAUGACAAACACUAAGAUCAACCUCUUGGACAAAAUUGGAACCCAUCCUGUCUUUUGAUCACCAAGUCACUUGGGAUUUCUGCUUCCUAUCAUAAGGAGUAAGAUGGCAGCGAGAGAGACAUCCUUGAGCCUCUUGUUGGCAAAGCCUCGAAUGAAUGAUAAAGCGGGUCACAGAAUAAGCAACUCUACAGAUCACAGACCCGUGAGAAAGCCGGUUUGAGCCAGUUUACAUUUACUGAGCACCAACUGUGCCUCCAUUUGUUUUCAAGUAGCUCGGGGUCUCAGAGGGCUGCACAGAAGACCUUGGUGGCUUUGAAACGCUAAUGCCCCUCAGUGACAAGCUGAGUUACCUCAGGUGAGGAGGCCAUGGUGUCUUUCUUAGCUUUCUUCCAUUUUCAUUUGUAAAGUAAAAUGGAAACCGCUCCGCAGCACCACGUUAUGGGAAGGAAAUUAGCACGUGGAGGCAGAGCGCUUCAUAAAUGCUAGUUAUUAUGGUUCCUCUGGGCGCACAAGUCCGUUUGCCUCCCCCUCCCCCCAGGGCACACAGACGUGUUCACACUCCCACGUAAGUAUAGAUGCACAGAGGCGUGAGCUAACGCCAGCGGAAGGAGCUCAGGGGUCCUUAGACCCAAAACCCAGGUUGGAACCCGUGGAGAAGCUGCCGGGUCUUCAGCUUCCGUCUUUUUUUCUCAAUUCUUUAUGAAUGAACUAAAGCCGAAAGGAGUUUAUUUUUUUAUGAAUGGAAGUCCAAAAAGUGAAUGAAGCCAGGAGCCAGCCCCUACUUUCUGAUUGGUCUUCGUGGCUGGGAAACUCCUCCCUCAAGCUCAGCUAGCCGAGUCUGAGGAUUGGCGGGCGUGCCCGGCCCUGGGGUUUCAUUCACAAAAGUCAAUGAAACAAAGGGAACCGGUGGGGAGGGGCGGGGGAAGAGCGAGAACGGAGGCCAAGGCAAAGGAAAUGCACCAAUCAGCUGCUCCCCCGGGCUCACAACUGUCUGCUGCGCCCGGAAAACAAGCCGGGGCUCUGGGGACCCGGGGCUCAGGCCGCCUCGCUCCGGCCUAGCCCCGCCACCUUAGUUGUGUCAUCCCCCGGGCAUGCUGAGCAUCCCCCCGCGGCUCCGGCACAGACGCCCGGACCUCAGCGCUCCCGGGACCGUGUGCGAACUGCCUCCCCCCUCCCAGGUCUCUGCCUCCGCGCGGGGGCCCGGCCCUGUGGCCGGAGGGAGCGGCCGGAUGGAGCGGAGGAUGAAAGGCGGAUACUUGGACCAGCGAGUGCCCUACACCUUCUGCAGCCAGAAAUCUCCCGGAAAUGGGAGCUUGGGCGAAGCGCUGAUGGUCCCGCAGGGAAAGCUCAUGGACCCGGGCUCCCUGCCGCCUUCCGACUCAGAAGAUCUCUUCCAGGACCUCAGUCACUUCCAAGAGACGUGGCUCGCAGAAGCUCAGGUACCGGACAGUGAUGAGCAGUUUGUUCCUGAUUUCCAUUCAGAAAACUUAGCUUUCCAUAGCCCCACCACCAGGAUCAAGAAGGAACCCCAGAGUCCCCGCACAGACCCCGCCCUGUCCUGCAGCAGGAAGCCACCACUCCCCUACCACCAUGGAGAGCAGUGCCUUUACUCCAGUGCCUAUGACUCCCCCAGACAAAUCGCCAUCAAGUCCCCCGCCCCCGGUGCCCCUGGACAGUCGCCCCUGCAGCCCUUUUCCAGGGCAGAACAGCAGCAGAGCCUCCUGAGAGCCUCCAGCUCUUCCCAGUCCCACCCUGGCCACGGGUACCUUGGUGAGCACAGCUCCGUCUUCCAGCAGCCCGUGGACAUGUGCCACUCCUUCACAUCUCCUCAGGGAGGGGGCCGGGAACCUCUCCCAGCCCCCUAUCAACACCAACUGUCGGAGCCCUGCCCACCCUACCCCCAGCAGAACUUCAAGCAGGAGUACCAUGACCCCCUGUACGAACAGGCUGGCCAGCCCGCUUCAAGCCAGGGUGGGGUCAGUGGGCACAGGUACCCAGGGGCGGGGGUGGUGAUCAAACAGGAGCGCACAGACUUCGCCUACGACUCAGAUGUCCCUGGAUGUGCAUCAAUGUACCUCCACCCAGAGGGCUUCUCUGGACCCUCUCCAGGUGAUGGAGUGAUGGGUUAUGGCUAUGAAAAAUCCCUUCGACCAUUCCCAGAUGAUGUCUGCAUUGUCCCUGAAAAAUUUGAAGGAGACAUCAAGCAGGAAGGGAUUGGAGCUUUCCGGGAGGGGCCACCCUACCAGCGCCGGGGUGCCUUACAACUGUGGCAGUUUCUGGUGGCCCUGCUGGAUGACCCAACAAAUGCUCAUUUCAUUGCUUGGACAGGCCGGGGAAUGGAGUUUAAACUAAUUGAACCUGAAGAGGUUGCCAGGCUCUGGGGUAUCCAGAAGAACCGGCCAGCCAUGAAUUAUGACAAGCUGAGCCGCUCGCUGCGAUACUAUUAUGAGAAAGGCAUCAUGCAGAAGGUGGCUGGCGAACGCUACGUGUACAAGUUUGUGUGCGAGCCGGAGGCCCUGUUCUCUCUGGCCUUCCCAGAUAAUCAACGUCCAGCUCUGAAGGCUGAGUUUGACCGGCCAGUCAGUGAGGAGGACACAGUCCCUUUGUCCCACUUGGAUGAGAGUCCUGCCUACCUCCCAGAACUCACUGGCCCCGCUCCGCCCUUCGGCCACAGAGGUGGAUAUUCUUACUAGGCACCAGUGGCUUCCCCUUGACAUGGUGGGGUUGCUCAGUGUAUAUAUCAACUGAUUUGGUAUUGGUGAAGGCCCUCUUUCUGAUGCCUGUAGAAGUCUCUGGGGUCAGAGCUCCACUAUCCCAUCUGAUACUCCUGGCCAGACUCAGCUGCUAACCAGAGUCUGCGGGAAAGACAGUGGAGGCAGGCCAAAUCUAAAGGCAGUAGCCGAAGUUCGCUGUGGCUCACCUGUACCUUCAGUUCAGCUUGGCCUCUGCCUAGGUCUUGCUCAGAGGCCAAGUUCCUCACCCCCACCACAGAGAUCCAGUGUUCUAUUCUGGGGACAUACAGGGACUUCCCUUGUUUAUUAUGGCAACAGGGCCAAGGGGAUUCUCAGAACACCCUGUGUCUCCCCUCUCCCAACCCCCCAUGGGAGACAAAGUUCUGCCUGGGUUCUGCCCUGAACAGGGGGGUCCUGUGUUCUUGGUGCUGUGCUCUGGGAGGCAGGAGCAUGUGGGCGGCAGCUGGGGGGGGGGGUUGGGUGGAAGAGUAGGGAUGGCUCUCUGCCCUAGGCCUACCCAGGCCUAAUUCCACCUUUGCCUCUUAUGCCAGACCUUAAUAAAGCCUCUGCUUCUCCGGUU